UACUGAGAAAAGCAAGAAGCAAAAAAAAAAAAGGGAAAACAAAAGAAAAAGAAAAAACAAAGACAUAUCCAAUGUCUACUGCUUCUUCACUAUUAACCUUCCCUUCAUUUCAUCUCAGAUCCCUCCUUCAUCUCCCUUCUUCUCCUCCCUCUUCCCGAUUUGCCCCUCUUCGUCUUUCUCCGAUCCGAUCUCCGGCGCCGAGAAGUCACCUGUCUUUCCGCACUUUCUCAGCCGUCAACAUGACCGAUGCUAAUGAUGCCGGAAUGGAUGCUGUUCAGAGACGGCUCAUGUUUGAGGACGAAUGCAUUCUCGUUGAUGAAAAUGAUCGUGUGGUUGGUCAUGACACUAAAUAUAACUGUCAUUUGAUGGAAAAGAUUGAGGCUGAGAAUUUGCUCCACAGAGCUUUUAGUGUGUUUUUGUUCAACUCCAAGUAUGAGUUGCUUCUCCAGCAACGGUCAAAAACAAAGGUUACUUUCCCUCUUGUGUGGACAAACACUUGUUGCAGCCAUCCUCUUUACCGUGAAGCUGAGCUUAUUGAAGAGAAUGUCCUUGGUGUAAGAAAUGCUGCACAGAGGAAGCUUCUUGAUGAGCUUGGUAUUGUAGCUGAAGAUGUACCAGUCGAUGAGUUCACUCCCUUGGGACGCAUGCUUUACAAGGCACCUUCUGAUGGGAAAUGGGGCGAGCACGAACUUGACUAUCUGCUUUUCAUCGUGCGGGAUGUGAAGCUUCAACCAAACCCAGAUGAAGUGGCUGAGAUCAAGUAUGUGAGCAGGGAAGAGCUUAAGGAACUGGUGAAGAAAGCAGAUGCAGGUGAUGAAGCUGUGAAGCUGUCUCCGUGGUUUAGACUGGUGGUGGAUAAUUUCUUGAUGAAAUGGUGGGAUCAUGUUGAGAAAGGAACUCUCAUUGAAGCUGCAGACAUGAAAACCAUUCACAAGCUCUGAACUUUCAUAAGUUUUGGAUCUUCCCCCUUGUCAGUAAUAAAAUUGAGAGAUGAGACUUUAUUAAUUCCAGCCAAAACUGGCAACCAACUCUCUUUGUAGAAUAUAAUAUACAUGUUUAUUCCUCCUCAAACUCAUCUAUAGCUCAGUUAUCAUUUGCACAGAA